AUGGCUUCCUCGGAUUACCCACCGGAUCCGGAUGAAACGGAACCUACUAUUCAUACAAAUGUUCGUACGAAGCAAGAUAAAGCUUGGAAAUAUGGUACUGAGGGUCGAGAUGAAUCAGGGAAAAAAUUUAUAGUUUGUAUCUUUUGUGAAAAAAUUCUUCGUGGAGGGGGCAUCAAUAGGUUGAAGCAACACCAAGGUGGAGUAAAAGGGAAUAUCGCAGCAUGUAAAAAGGUUCCCGCUGAUGUUAAAUUUCUUAUGAAGAAUCUUUAUGAAGAAAGUCAGCAAAAGAACAAAAGUGAAGAAGUGAUUACAGUUAGCCAACAAUCCACUCAGUCAAAGAGGAAAGCUUCUACAUCAGAAAACCAGUCAUCCUAUUUUCCCCGAGGUAUACAUGAUGUUUCACAACCUUCAAUUGUAUCAGCGUGGCAAAGUAAAGAGAGGUUACAUGAUACAGACCUAGCCGUUGCAAUGUGGUUUUAUCAUUCUUGCAUACCAAUGAAUGCUGUAAAUUCACCUCUUUUCCCUAUCGCAAUGAGCAAAAUCGCGUCUAUGGGACAUGGAUAUAAGGGACCCUCGUAUCAUGCAUUGCAUGUAAGCCUAUUGAAGGAUGCUAAAAGUUCAGUUUCAUUGAUAAUUAAAGGUCAAAGAAGGAUAUGGGCUGAAUCCGGUUGCACUAUUAUGAGCGAUGGAUGGCGAGAUGUUAGACAAAGACCUCUUAUUAACUUCUUAGUUUACUGUCCAAAAGGGGUUUCAUUCAUCAAAUCGGUUGAUGCAUCGGAUAUUGAGACGAAUGCUGAUAAUUUAUGCAAUUUGUUUGCGGAGAUAGUUGAACAUGUUGGGUAUAGGAAUGUUGUUCACCUGGUUACUGAUAAUGCUGCCAACUACAAGGCUGUAGGAAGAAUGUUAGUGGAGAAAUAUCCUUUGCUUUGUUGGUCUCCGUGUGCAGCGCAUUGUAUUAAUCUGAUUUUGAAGGGUAUUUCUCAGAUAAAAGAAGUGGAUGAAGUGGUUCAACUUGCAUCUAGGGUGACGGUUUACAUUUAUAAUCAUAAGUGGCCUCUUAAUUGGUUAAAGAAAAGACCAGGUUGGACAGAGAUCAUUCGUCCAGGCGCCACUCGAUUCGGUACCACAUUCAUUGCUUUGAGAAGCUUAUAUGACCACAGGCUUGAUUUGGAAGCUAUGGUCACAUCUAAUGAAUUUAAGAAAUUCUUGAAAUUGGCAAAAGCUAAGGAUGUCAGGUCAACUAUCUUAAAUCAAACUUUUUGGAAUAAUUGUUUGCUAAUCGUGAAGGUGAUGAGUCCCAUUUUGAAGCUUCUACGCAUUUGUGACUCUGAUGAACAACCUUCAUUAGGUUACGUGUUUGAAGGAAUGCAGCGGGCAAGAAAAGGUGUUGGUGUUGAAGACUUGUUUCGUAGGAAAAAAACUAAUUAUGAAACGUAUACUAAUAUUAUUGAUGAUCGAUGGGAUAGGAUGUUGCGCAGGAGUCUUCAUGCUGCUGCUUAUUGGUUAAAUCCAAUAUUUCAGUAUGAUCCAGAAUCUUCUUCAGAGACGCAGGCAGUGAUUUCAAGUGUGAUGGAUAUGAUUGAACAGAAAACGAAUUUUGAUCCCGUGAAGCUUUCAACACAAUUACGCAAAUUUCGUGAUCGAGAAGGAGAAUUUAGUCGACCACUUGCUUUAGCUUCGGUGAAGAGUCAUCCUCCUGGUAACCUAAUUUUUAUUUCUAGUCGUACUUAUGAUUUUACUUUAAUCAAUUUACGAAGUAUAAAAUUAUUGUAA